GCCAACUGGAACAAAGAGAAAAUUGUUUCUACUCGUAUCUAGUUGCUCUUCCUGAAGUGUGGACGUCUUGUAUUCUGCAGCAUACACCUUUAUUGAUAUCUGACGGGCUAUACCAGCAACUAAACUAAUCUCUACAUCUGGUAACAUGCUCGGCUUGUAUAGGUACGGUUGAGGAUCUAGAACGUUCCGCAACAUUACAAUAGAUUCUAUUCAUAUAUUGAUUCAUGGAUGACUCAGCAUGACACAGCUAUUUCUAGAACAUUCUUGAAGGUCACACUACAUCCUCUCUUCUUUACAAAGACUGGAGAACAAUUAAUUGAGGAAAUCACGAGAAAUCACAUUGCCUAUUGCAGUCUAUUAAAUGUCUCUAAGGUUAUUUAAACAGAGCAAAGUCUUUAGACUUUGAGUUUGGCUUGACUUGUCUCUGUGAUCUUCUUACGCCCUGAAAUCGUGAGAUGGUUGAUUAUACAUGGGACCAGGGAGAGUAAGAUUUCAGGGGGAGGUGGAGGUUUCGUUCGAUUCUCGUAUUUCAUGUACGUGACAUAUUGUCGUCUCGCCUUAUUUUAGACAUUUAUGCCUUGUUUUAGAUGGUUUUAGACAGUUUGCGAGUAACUGUAGAUGUUUUUGAGGUGGUUGUAGGUGGUUGUUGAAGUUUUCGAGAUGGUUGUAGGUGGUUUUAGAUCGUUCCAUGUUUUAGUAAUUGCCAGGCAAACACGUAGUUGUCCAUUGCGCUUCUUCACAUAUACUGCACUGCUCACCCAGUCUGUUGGUUCAUCAACAUUCGCUAUGUGGCCUUUCUGCUCCAUUUCAUGAAGUUUCUUCUUGAGAUCGUCUCUCAGUGCGACAGGUACGGUUCUAGGCGCAUCUUGUUUCGGUACUGCUCCUUCUGUCAGUUCAAUCUUGUAAUUUCCAAUGUACCCUAGCCCAGUGAAUACAUGGUUGUGUUCUUGUAAAAUAUCAUCCUUGGUCAACCCUUUCACGUCGGAAACUGAGUUGACGAGUAAUUCUCUUUUAAUAGACAGGAGUUCCAACUCUUCACAUGUUUUUCUUGAUAACAGUGAACUUGGAGCAUCAACAAUCACUAAGAACUUUGCUCUGGUUAUUUUUCCUCCUAUCUGGAUGUCAAGGUAGACUUCACCCUUGGGAAACACACGUUUUCCAUUGUACGCUUUCAAAAUGCCACGACUUUUCUUCAAGUCUGGUCGGUUUAAAAUCUUUACAAAAUCUUCCAUUCUCAAACAAUUUGCCUCUGAUCCACUAUCAAUCUGCAUGGUCACCUCAAUCCAACUACUUGUCUGUCCACUUCUUAGCUGAGGUUGAAUCAUGUAUUUAGAACGGCUACUGUCAAUGACUGAAUACAUGCAGUAAACUUCACCAUCAGUGAUUGCCGGUUCGGCUUCUUCAAUUCGAUGAAUGCUCCUCGUAGGUUUCUUGGAAACGCUCUUCACAGGUUUCUGUGGUCUCCUUUGAGAUUCUUGAUCUCGACUUCUGCACAUCUUAGCAAAAUGGUUCUUCACGUUACACUUGCUGCAUUUUUUUCCGUGAGCCAGACACUCGCGCAAAUUGUGGUUCUUUCCACAAUAUUUACACUGUUUCACCGUUUCUACUCGUUGUGUAAAAUCUGGUUUCUUUCCUCUAUGCUUGACAGCGUGUACUAAAGUUUCUAUUUCUCCAUCAAUCUUUUUCAGUUGAUCGCUGGCUGUUUUUGCAGCUCUAAUUAUGUCUAAGGCUGUAUUGAGAGUGAGAGCCUUCUCACGGAGUAGUCGUUUUCUGACUUCAUGGCUUUUGAUUACAAUGACCAGUCUGUCUCGAAUCAGUUCGUCACACAGAGCGCCAUAAGCACAGGUUGACGCUAGCUUUCGCAGUCUGAUCAGGUAUUGAUCGAUGUUUUCAUUUUCUUGGUUGGCACUGUUGAACAGGUAACGCUCAAAAAUAAUAUUCCUCUGUGGUUCAAAAUGCUGCAUCAGGGCCUGCAAGAAACUAGAUUAACCCUUUAAUGCCCAAGAUCUAAAUGGUAUUUCUCCUUACUGUCCACCAUACAAUUCUUAUGAUGCUAGUUCUGAGAAUUUGGUACUGGAUCAACUAGAAAAAUCAUCAAACUUAUAUAUUUCUUUAUUCUCAUCAUCUGUCUGAUUGAUAUUGUAUUAAUUAAAGUUAAAGGGUUAAGGAUUUUCCCUUUGAACUUCACCCAGCCUUCUUGAUUUGAGAAAAGGAUUUGCAAUACCAUUAUUUUGACGUUUCUUUUGGGUUACUUUUUAGUUUUUUUUCUUUAUCUGAGAGUCUACACAUGGCCUAGGCACACUGCAAGGGUACAUUUCUUUAUACACCUUUUAAGCCUUUACACCCUAACAUCAACACGUACAUUCUCCAUUCUGUUCUAAAUAUAUUUCCCAAGGUGCUGACAAGGAGAAUUUGUUUAACAAUCAAGAGCUUCUGUAAUUUGUAAUCGUUUCCUUUAUUUUUGUAGCGGCCGCCUUUCUGUGUGAAAGGGGACGCGAGAAUGCAAAACUACGACUCAUCAGUCCGACAAAGCAAACAGCAUUUAUUUAAUCGAACAUCCACGGUUUGCGAGGAAUUACAGUCUGUAUAACACGGUAACAAAUCCAGAAAUGGCUGUAAGAACGGUUCCAAAGACGGCUGUCAAAGACUGUGAUGAACCGUAGUGAAAACCAAAGGGCUUCGGGUGAAGCUACAAAACACUGGCGAUGUUGUCACGUUCUUCUUUUUAGCACGAGGAGCUAACCAAGGUCCCGUAUAUGAGCUAAGGUACGACGGGAUAUGUCACGCAAUACGACUGAACGACUGAGAAGAGAAGACGUUACAAUUUUCAUUACCUUCAUGUGUGAUUCAGGGGUAAUAUUGUAAGGAGAAAUAAGAUACUAGUCACUCUUAAGGGUCAAAGGGUUCAAGAGCUUCUUCAUUUGGUGAUCAUUUCCUUUAUUCUUAUUACCUUAAUGUUUGAUUCAGGGGUGAUGUUGUAAGGAGAAAUUAGAUGCUUGGCCCCUCAUAGUGGUCAAAGAAUUAAGAAACUUUAUUUAGGCGUCAAACACUUCAAGCACUCUUUUCACAUACUAGGUGCGCUAUAAAUAUAUCAAUUUUAAGUUGUAACUAAACACAUAUUUUGCAUGUUCUGAUAUGGCAAAAUGGUUGUACUGUAGUGGAGGUUUUUAAGUUAAACUGCAAUGCUCCAGAUAUGAUGUAUUGAUUUCUUAUUGACUUAUUUAUUGACAAUUCAGAACUAAGCUGACUUAUCGAUUGAUUGGUUGCUGUAAUGAUUAGUUGGUGUAUGGAGUGAUUGAUCAGUGGACCAUUGGUUUGUGAACCAGAGGACACAAUACAUUGAUAUUCUCACAUAAGUAACCAAUAUUGAAAAGCCAUCAACCUCAAGAAAAAGUUUAUGAUCAUAUGUUUAGCUUUGAAAUGACUUCACCUCCAGUCUCACAUUUUCUAAAAGCAGCUGCAGGAGUUGAGAAAGGGGCUCAAAAACCAGGUAAGAUUCAGAUUUGAUUACUUUCCUCAUCUGUUCAUGUAGCCUGUGGAGCAGUGUAAUGCAGAAAUAUAUUUUGGUUGCUGGGUGCAUUUCAAUCAUGUUAAUGCCCAAAUAUUUUCAGGCCCCUCCUUCUUUUUGCAAUCUCUUUAAUUACAGUUAACCCAUGGAGAUAACUCUCUUAAUUGUUAGCUUAGUGCUAGUGUAUGUCUGUUAGUGCAAUGAAGGUGUUGCUAGUAAUCAGAUCCUUGUGAUCUUGUGCAAAGAUUGCUGGAGUCGCAACUGGGCAGACAUGGCAACUCACUAUGUAGAAAUGUAUGAACAAAAGUUGUUUUGACAUCCAAAAAAAACGAUUUUGGAGAGAGAUCAAUGCUAUUUCACGUCAGUGUUAUCAUAAAUGGAUAAAGAUAAUGUUGAUUUGAGGGAAGUGUAACCCAUCCAUUCAAGUUGUGUAUAAAGUUGCACCUCCUUCAAAUAAACUUCCUAACCCUAGUCUGACUCAUUUCUAUCAAAGGAGAAUAGUGCCUUUAACCCUUUAACCCCUGAGAGUGACUGGCUUCUGACUUCUCCUCGCAAUAUCACCCCUGGAUCAAAUGUAAAGGUCAUGAGAUUAUAAGAAAUGAUCACCAACUUACAUAGCUCCCAAAUGUCAAACAAAUUCUUCUUGUCGGUGCCAUAGUUUUUAAAAAGGGAAAAGUGUGGAGAGUUUGACACACCAAAGAGGUACAAAAAUUAAUUUAAAGGACCAUUUUAAUGUAUUACAUUAAAUAUCUCCUUGUAGGCCAUGAAGUUGAGGGCACAGUAACCCUCAAGCACAUUUACGAAAUUGCCAAAAUCAAGAAAGAGGACUCGUCGAUGAAGAAUGUGCCAUUGAGAAGUGUAUGUAGAUCUGUCAUUGCUUCAGCCAGGGGCAUGGGCAUUGAGGUUGUUCCUGGUAGAGAUGCAGAUACAUAACACACACCCAUCACUGAAACCUUAUCGACUAGUCAUGCAGUUGUUUGGGAAAUAUCUUGUGCAAAAUGGGAAAUAUAUCUUUGGAUCAUCUGAAGUACAUUGCAAAAGAAACUACCAAAAGAGGAAAUCUUGGUUUUUAUCAGAAUCAUGCUUUUGCAGGUGUUCAGUUAGUGUAAGAUGCAAUAAUAGUACUCAUGCAAAGUGAAAAGGAAGGCAAAAGUAGGAAUAAAUAAUCUCAGCUUUUGUCAAUCCCCUUUUUUUGUCUCAUUGUUUUGCAUCAACCUGCAUUUACCACUCAUCCUUUUUACUGACUAAUUGCCAGGAAUGGGCUAUUGAGGAAGUUGCAAAGGAUAGGAAACAAAUUUCAUGUACAUAGAAGAAUUUAUCUACCAUAAGUACAGUAUCCCAGUUUUAGCUUGAAAUUGUUGGAUUAUAAUGUUAGUAUCUGAGCAACUGCACCCCACCCCUCCCCUAACCCAAAAUUAACCCUAAAUUGUUAUCAGUUUUGUUGGGUUAGGGGAGGGGUGGGUGUGUUGUUGCUCAUAUACUGAAAUUAAUCCAGAUUGAUCAUCAAACAUGUAUGUGAACAGGCCACAGGUUAUUACCCAUAUAAGGAAUUCAACUAUUCCCCAUGUAGGAGAGAGAGCUUGGGUUUGAGGUUGUCGAGAAAUGCACACUUCUGUUCCAAAAUGAUAAGUUGCUGAAGUUUGAUGCAAAGUGAUCCUCCUAAAGAGAAUGUCAGAAUGAGACGAGUCGUCUCACCGAUUUGAAGUUCACAACUCCAGAUGGAACUUGGUUAUUUAAUAAAAUUAAUGUGGUAUUUUUGUUUCUUUGCUUUUUACCACGAUCGCCUUUGCCAGUGUAAAGUAGGAAAACUAUGUUAUAAAACUGUAUGAAAGGACCGCACUGCGAGGAUAUCAGCCCAAAGUCCAGUCUUUCAGAUAUUUUUGCAGUACGGUUCAGAGCACCCUUGGUUAAUAAGAGUUUAACCUCCUGACUCGAAUCUGUCUUUCGACGCAGUAAAUCUUUGCGUUUGUGACAUCAAAAAUAUCAAAUUUUUAUUCGAGACGCAAAACAAAUUAACCCAAAGCCAGAAAACCGG